AUGAGGCCCAGUUUCGGCCUGUGGGCCCUGGCUGACAUCACCUGCUGCCAGAAGCUUCAUGGAUUACCCCAGGUGCACUUCCUGGGUUCCUCCAGCACCUUCAGCAAACCCCACCUGCACCCUUGUACCCACCUCACCCCUGUCCCCUUUGCUCUCUGCAGGUUUGACAUCUACAGGAAGGUGCCCAAGGACCUCACGCAGCCGACAUACACCGGGGCCAUUAUCUCUAUCUGCUGCUGCCUCUUCAUCCUCUUCCUCUUCCUCUCGGAGCUCACCGGAUUCAUAACGACGGAAGUCGUGAAUGAGCUCUACGUUGAUGACCCGGACAAGGACAGUGGGGGCAAAAUUGACGUCAGCCUGAACAUCAGUUUACCCAAUUUGCACUGUGAACUGGUCGGGCUUGACAUACAGGAUGAGAUGGGCAGGCAUGAGGUGGGGCACAUCGACAACUCAAUGAAGAUCCCACUGAACAACGGGGCCGGCUGCCGCUUUGAGGGGCAGUUCAGCAUCAACAAGGUCCCUGGCAACUUCCACGUGUCUACACACAGUGCCACGGCCCAGCCACAGAACCCGGACAUGACCCAUGUCAUCCACAAGCUCUCCUUUGGGGACACACUACAGGUCCAGAAUGUCCACGGAGCUUUCAACGCUCUCGGGGGAGCAGACAGACUCACCUCCAACCGUAUGUAUCCCAUAUCUCAACUGGGAACAGGGAAAGGGGGAGAAGAAGGGAACGCGUAUCAAGCACUCACUGUAAGCCCAGCUGUGAAUGCUCCUUUCCCACGGCGGGCCUAUGAGGAAGGUGGAAUUAGCCCUAUCUGACAGACAAGGGGAGGUAAGUGGCUUGUCCCCACCCUCCCCGGGGAAAGGAUCUGACAGCCCCAGGCACAUCAUAAGAGCUCAGUGAGUACCAGCCAUUAUCAUCAUUAUUGUUAUCAUUACUGCCGCCGAAUUGUUCUUAGUUGAGAUAAUCACCUAAGAUCCUGCAGGGAGCCAUGGCGGAGCCCGAAUUCGUCCUAGUUCCAGCGGCAGGCACCGUGAGAACAGGGCUGAGGGUGGCCCAGUCAGGUCUGACCACCUGGGGCGCCCACCCAACCCCACACUCUCCUCGGGCUGGAGCCCUUCCCACCCAUGAAUGCCCCCUCCCUGAGCCCUCCACCCGCUCAGCUCUCUGGCACCUCGGUCCCAACUAAGGAGGGCUCCGUGUCUUUACACACUGACACACCUAUGCACGCCUGUCUGUGGCCUGAUCUAAAGAAUUUUUGCACACCUACACACGCACGUGUGCACACAUACAGGGCCUUGGAUGCAUGCACAGAAUGGGUUCAGGAGACUUGUCUGCUUAAAUGGAUCCACCCCCUGGAUCUUGCGGCACAGGUGACCUUAACUUUCCUUAUUUCCUCACCUGAGCUCACCUUUUUUAUCCACAAGGGUUUUCUCACUGUUUCUUAAAAUACAU